UUAAGACAAGUGGCUAAUCGCUAGCCACGAAUAUGCUCUUCUUCCUACCGCAAUUGAUUAUUUCUCCCACCCACCCCCACUCUGGUUCGUUUAAAGAGGAUUCCUAGAUUUUAAACAUAAGUUUGAAAUAGCUUUUUUCUUGGGACGGGGGGACGUGGUGGAGAGGAAAGGAAAGGGAGAGAAUUAAAACCGAGAAGGAAGGCAGCAGCCUUAAGAAUUUCUGCAAACUUUUGUUCCAAUGCAACCGGGGUCUUGUUUGCAGAAGACGGACGAUCUGUUCAAUUAUUACUAUUUUUUUAAAAAACAGUCACGUGCGCUCUUUCUGGUUUCGCGGCGGCGGGGGGGCUUUAUUUUUUUUAAAAAAAUUAAUAGCAAAAAUAAGAACCGAGUUAAAACAAAAUCCAGUUUACUCGCGCUCCGUUUAAACCUCGACAGCGCCACCUUUCGCCAAGAGAUCAGUUUCAUAUUGAACCGCUUCCAAUUUUCUAGACAGGGAGGAAAAAGAAAAAAUCCAUACUAGAAACUCGUUUAAGAAAGAAAAAAAAGUUAAGAGCUUUUAGCGUCGGCACGACAGUCUGACAUUAACUCUUUCUCGUCCGAGACGUUUUCGUGGCUUUGACGGAUCGUCUAUUUUGGGCUUGGUUGGAUCUAAUAACAAGAUGUGUGCUUUACCAACGUUUCCUAUCAAUAAGAUUUCUCCACUUAGGACACGGCCUGCAAGUAUAUUUCUAGAAAGUAAGACUCAGAAGGGAACACUGUUCUUGUUAGUCUCUGAUACUUUGUGGAGUUAUGUGUAUUUGUGAUUCUCCCCUCUCUUCUAAGAUAAGACGAAUUUUUAAAAAAACUUGCAGCUUUGAUUUCCAGCUGACUUCACGACAGGAAUUAAAGUUACUAGUAAUUUGGUGAUAAAUGAUACCUCUCGAGCACGCAAGAUUAAGUGUAGUGCUAUAAAGUUGUUUAUCUGAAAAGUAAUUCUCAGAAAUCUGACUCUUGACACUUAGUCAUAUAUUAAACCAGCCUUCUGAACAUUGCACUCCAGUACAUUGGCUUUAACUAUUCCUCCCCCCCACACACACCCAAACACCACCUGUGAAUUUCCUACUGAAACAGCCUUUGCCUAAUUCUAAGGAUCUGCUUGUAGAGACCUUGCCUCUCCUAGGAAAGAGCUUGCCAAGACUCUCAAAAUCUGAAGUUGCAAAAGAAAAGGCAGGGAGGCCUUGUAUGUGUGUUCUGACAUCGCUCAGUCUUGACAGCCAGAAUUCAUACCAUCAAAUUUGUGUUAACUGGUAACAAGGAACAGUUUGAAAAGAGGUGGUUGGGCUAUCACAUAUUGGAUGCAUCACAUAUUGAUUUGGGAAGCAUCUGCAUGCUUAAAAGCAUGGGUUAUCAGAAGACUUUAUCGGAAGCACCUAAAGAAAGGUGCUUUCCUGACUAAGUUCAAAACAUGGAAUUUAUGAAAAGGCGAAUAUGAUGCACCCAGUUUGAUUUACGAUCAUGGGGUGAGGGUGUCAACAGAAAUUGUCAGUCUAAAGAGUCACUCAUGCCUUGUCUCAUACAUUCUCCUUGCUCUUCUGAACGUAGCACAAUAGAUUGUUUCGUUUUUAGACUGCGAGGGGGAAUUAUAGUUGUGGCAUUACUUUCAAAUGAAGAGCAGUCAUUUUGGGGGAUGGACGCUUGAAAGGGUUCCCUUUGAGUUAGAUGCUUUGCCAUUUAAGCAUGCUACAUGUACAAAAUGAGAACUUGUUCUCUGUUUUCUCGGCCCAGUUAACUCUGAAGGAUAAAAUGGGGAAUGCAAAAACCACAUCUGGCUAGCGCAAUCUGUGCUGAGAGAUAGCAGUGCAACGGAGGGCUAUAAACACGACUGAGCUUAAACCUCCAAAGUAUUAAGACAAAUUACUGGAGGUGCAUAUUAGUCUUAUUAACCUAUUACAGAUGAGGGAGCUGUCAAAUAUUGGUUGUUACAUAGCACAAACAGAUAGGGGUUUAAAAUCAAAAGUCUUUUCUCUCCCCCUCCCCCUGUAUUCCUCUCACUACUGGCAGGAUCCUCCUGUAGUGUUUAACUGCUUACAAUGAGCAUCUGAACAAUUUCCAGGUAAGGCUGGACUUCUGUAGCCACUGCACAUUUUCAUAUAUGUCCAUUAGAAGUGCCCAGACCACCAAAGCACCCACAGUUCAAUUCCUCCAGCCUGCUCUACGCCAGUUUGGGGUAUUGUUUCUAUUUACUUGAGAUGAUUCAACCAACUGUCUUCAGUGUGCUCUGUACUUUUCAAGCACUUGGCUUUUGGGAAAACACAGGUUCUUUUGAGAGCUUCAGUUCAGAAUAGUCUCCCAAAUACACUCUUUCUGUGUGUGCUCGCAUGCAGACAUGUAUAAUUUUGUGAAAAAGAAGCAGCACCCUCUUCUCAUGCCACUUAUCGGUGAGAAAUUAAAGGGGGCAAAAACCUCUCUCAAGUGUGUAUUUUCAUGCCUUCCUUGGCUGAGUAAACAAGAAGAAGGGAGACUUGCAAAAGGACCAGUAUAAGUCUUGUGAGAGUUAUAUUGACUUUGAGUGUCAUUUGCUAUGACUUAAACAAACUCAUCUAUCAAGGCCAACACAUUAAGUACAGUUACUGCACCUUUUGUUUAUCCAGAGCCUUAUUUUAUGGUGCAGAACUGAGUGGUGUCCACUGAAUUUAAGUAUGAAAAGCCACCAAAUUGAUUUCCCAACGCAGGAGUGACAAAAGCUGAAGACAUCAACUGCUCUUAGACACAAAGCUAGAUAAAUCCUUUUAACAGUGCUUCAGAUCCGUUAACAGGGCCACAAAUAACAAAUCACUGUUAGCAGAUUUAUGGGAAAGAAAUAAUAGAAUCAGAUGAGAUAAUCUGAUAGGGGUAAAAUUGCUGAGGAAACGAGGCCUCCUUCACUUCUAUGGCUAUGAAGCAGCCCGGCGAUAACGAGAAGUCAUUACAAAUAGGUGAAUUAUGAUGGGAAUAAUCGUCCUUGUAAUUCAAUAUUUAUUCAUCCUUUUUUCUUUAAAUAAGUUGCAGAUAACCCCAAACAACCUGCUUUGAAAAUGAUUAUAUAAAACACACACACACACACACACACACACACACACACACACCAACACACACAUCUUUUUGGAAAGUAAUUUAGUAUUUGUUUUACCUUAUAUUUUGAAUAUAAAAAUAUUUAAUAACAAUAUUUUUAUUCCAUUUUAUGUAAUACAUUAGGCCUGCAAACAUAUUAUGAUGAGCAUAAAUAGUCACUUCGUGAAUUACUAACAAAGUUGAUCUGAAAAAUAUUGGCGCAUUAUUUUAUUAAGUGGAAUGCAAACAUAUGUCCAAUAAAUUCUAGUUUGCUUCUGGCAAGAAGGGAUAGAUAGAGAUCCACAGGCAGUUUUAUCUCACUGUGGCUAAGUGAGAAAAAAAAUAAUAAGAUGAGUUAAUCUGUAUGAACUUAAUUUGCCUUGUCAACCUUUCUGUUUGUAUUUAAUAAAUAGAAAUGUCCAGAUCAAUUUCAGAAUCAGUACAAGAAGAGAUAGCAUUUAAAUACCUCUAGCAAUUUCUCCUGCAGGAUUGCAUCAUAUGGACAUACAUUUUGACUUCUUAAUUUUGUGGCUAAUUCUGUUUCUUCUUUGGGUAAAUUAGCAGCUUUGUUUGAUUUUAGCAGAUUGGGUUCAAAACUGAAUGGAAACCAAGCUAAACACCUCUUAUAUCUUCUUUCCUGAAACAGAUGCCCUUAAUUCUGUGUGGUGUCAAGGAUGCUUAAAUCCCAUUGGAAUUAAUAAAAAUAAAAAUUAAAAUAAAAUCACGCCUAAUUAUAUAUUGAAUCUCAGUGAUUCAAAUCUAAGCAGAUCUGAAGAGUCUACACGGUCCGGAAGUUUUUUAUCUCCUGUUUCUAAAGCUUAGCAAAUUACACUGAAUUGAAAAUUUUUAAUCUCUGAGUAUAUCUAGAAUACAUCUAGAAACGGAUCCCAGGAGUUUCAAGCAUGGCUCACUUUCUUGCCAACUGCUUGAAAAACAACAUACGUGUCACUAAACAAGAGUUUCACAGGGCAGAGAGGAAAGAUGGGAAGGGUGUAGGGAAGGCAAUUCACACUGACCAAUCGCUAUUUAUUUGUGCUCUGAUUAGACUUCCUCCAAUUAUCCUAGAAUGUCUCCUUAGCAUAGAACCUAAUCCUAAAUGAAGUCAGUUUCAAAUCAGUACAUUCUCUGAUUCGGGAAUAGGGAAGGAAUGAGGAAAGAAAGGCUAGAUCUAAUGAAGGUUUAUUUAUUCAUUUUAUUUAUUUUUAUUUAUUUAUUUUGUCACGCAGUAUAUAUGAGUGUAAGCAUGAAAUCCGUCGAAUAGAGUAUUUUUCAGGAUGGAAAAAGGACAGGGCCAUCGCUCAUUUCCCUUGCUUUUGCAGUCUGCUAUUACCUCUCACCAAAGGCUUCUUACUACUGUCUGGAAGAUUAGGAAAGCAGGAUUGAGCCUUGAAAUUUCAGCAAGCAAACUGAAUGCAUAUCAACUCAAGGAUUUAUCAGCCAAAGAUUCCAUUUUAGCACCUUGUUUUCUUUCCUGUUAGGACUAAAUAUAAGGAGCAUAACAUAAACAGUGCUUUAGAACAUAACCAGCCUGCAGGGGUUGCUAAACUACAACUCCAAGAACCACAAAUGUCUGGUAGAAGCCAUGAUGAUAUCAUGCUCACCAUGAUGUCAUUAUAGAAAUGGCAUGAAUUAAGUAAGUUGCAUCAUGACAAAAAUUUGCAAAUCAUGUUUGGAAUAUAACUUGUCUUAGCCAUGCUGGCUUGGUUUGCAGGCACAUGUCCAGUUCCCCCAAAAAACAAAAAAACACAUAUGGAGUUACUUCUAAACAGUUCCUUUCAUAUUGACCUCCCAUCUUACCGCAAGAUAACUCUGGGCUGUUUACAAUAUUAAAAAGGUAAACAUUUUACAAAACCUUUACCCAAUUGGAACUUGCUCCUUGCCGAUAGACAAACAUUUUACCAAACCAAAGCGCCUACUUGCAUUAUUCAAGAGAAUUUCUAAAGUGGAGCAGUCUUAACUCUCUGUCUUCUAACUAACUACUGUAUCUAAGCUUCUUUGUCUCUCAAUCUUUUGGAAUGCAAACCCUUCUGGGAAUCCAGACUACAAUCCACUGCAGUAAUAUUUGGAGAACCAUAGUUUUUGACAUUUGGACCACCAGAGUUGUCAGUCUGUCUGUCUGUCUGUCUGUCUGUCUGUCUGUCUGUCUGUCUGUCGUUAUCUAUCUAUCUAUCUAUCUAUCUAUCUAUCUAUCUAUCUAUCUAUCUAUCUAUCUAUCUAUCUAUCUUUGCGGCGAAGGUUGUAGAGAGUAUGUAGUCUUCACGUUACAGCACGGAGACGGCUUUGGUCGCGUUGGUGGAUGAUCUCUGGAGGGCCAGGGAUAGGGGUUGUUCCUCUGCCCUGGUCCUAUUAGACCUCUCAGCGGCUUUCGAUACCAUCGACCACGGUAUCCUGCUGCGCCGGUUGGGGGGAUUGGGAGUGGGAGGCACCGUUUAUCGGUGGUUCUCCUCCUAUCUCUCCGACCGGUCGCAGUCGGUGUUGACAGGGGGGCAGAGGUCGGCUCCGAGGCACCUCACUUGUGGGGUGCCGCAGGGGUCGAUCCUCUCGCCCCUUCUGUUUAACAUCUACAUGAAACCGCUGGGUGAGAUCAUCAGUGGUUUCGGUGUGAAGUAUCAGCUGUAUGCGGAUGAUACCCAGCUGUACUUUUCUACACCGGACCACCCCAACGAAGCUAUCGAAGUGCUGUCCCGGUGUCUGGAGGCCGUACGGGUCUGGAUGGGGAGAAACAGGCUCAAGCUCAAUCCCGCCAAGACAGAGUGGCUGUGGAUGCCGGCAUCCCGGUACAGUCAGCUAAAUCUGCGGCUGACCAUUGGUGGCGAGUCAUUGGCCCCAAUGGAGAGGGUCCGCAACUUAGGCGUCCUCCUGGAUGAACGGCUGUCUUUAGAAGAGCAUUUGACGGCCGUCUCCAGGAGAGCGUUUUACCAGGUUCGCCUGGUACGCCAGUUGCGCCCCUUUCUGGACCGGGAUGCCCUAUGCACGGUCACUCACGCACUCGUGACGUCCCGCCUGGAUUACUGCAAUGCUCUCUACAUGGGGCUCCCCUUGAAGGGCAUCCGGAGACUACAGUUAGUCCAGAAUGCGGCUGCGCGGGUGAUAGAUGGAGCCCCUCGUGGCUCCCAUAUAACACCCAUCCUGCGCAGACUGCACUGGCUUCCUGUGGCCUUCCGGGUGCGCUUCAAGGUUUUGGUGACCACCUUUAAAGCGCUCCAUGGCAUUGGGCCGGGUUACUUACGGGACCGCCUACUGCGACCGAAUACCUCCCACCGUCCCGUGCGCUCUCACAGAGAGGGUCUCCUCAGGGUGCCGUCAGCGAGGCAAUGUCGUCUGGCGACGCCCAGGGGAAGGGCCUUCUCUGUGGGGGCUCCCACCCUCUGGAACGAUCUACCCCCCGGACUUCGUCAGCUCUCGGACCUACGGACCUUCCGCCGCGGGCUUAAAACAUACCUAUUUAAUUGUGCAGGACUGAGCUAGUUUUUAAAUUUUGGGUUUUAAACUGGGUUUUAUUUUUAUAUUUUUAACUUUUAAUUUGACGGGCGUUAGAAUAAGUUUUUUAAAUGUUUUUAUAUUGUAUCUAUAUUGUAUUUAUUUGUUUUUAAUGCCUGUAAACCGCCCUGAGUCCCUUGGGAGAUAGGGCGGUAUAUAAAUACGAUUAAUAAAUAAAUAAAUAAAUAAAUAAAUAUCUAUCACCUGUC